AAUUCUAUUGCAUUAAAACUAUUAUAAAGUUUGCAGUUCAAUGCUUGGUUCUCACAUUUGCGCAAAUGUAUUUGUUUGUCCAUUUGGCUUGAAUAGAGGAAAAAGAAAGCCUACAAAACCGACGUAUUACUUCGAGACGUUGGAAACUACGCUGAGAGCGGAGGUGAGGGUGGGUUGCAGGAGCGCAUCAUGGACCGCUAGAGGAGCUGGCAGCCACCUGCCUCCCGGACGGACCACCUGUAGCAUCCACAUGGCACAUUCCACGGAUGGGACCAAAGACCGGAGAGAAAGCGAAAGUGGUGUGUCCGUUGGAACCAUAAUGGAAAACGGGACGGUCGGCACGGAUUCCACCGCGCCCCCUGGCCCAUACGUCCAGAUCCACCGUGAGCCCUGCCUCUCCCAGCAGUCGGUGCCCAGCUACAAAGCCUCCGCCUUGCGCUAUGGAAGCCCGCUGUGUCGCCGCGACGACCAGGACCGCCACAGCCUGGCCUCCCAGGACUCCGGCAUUCCCACGCUGGAGAUCAGCCAUCCCGAGCACAUCCACGCCCACCCGCGUCCCGGGGAGUGUGGCUUCCCCCCGGGGUCGGACGCCCGCGACCAGGGCCCCGCCACCCUCCCUCUGGACCAGUCCGGCGACAGCGCGUGCCUCCACAAGUCCUCGACCUUCCCCCGCAGCGGCUACGACUCUGUGCGCCUCUUCAGCCCGGCCCCGAGGUCCGGCGCUGGUGGCAUGUCGGUCACCACCCCAGGGAUGGGCGGUGUCGGAGGCGGGGCCCUUAACCGCAGCGAUGACAUCUCUGUGUGCAGUGUGUCGAGCUUGAGCACGGAGCUCUCGGCCACGCUGUCGGCGUCCAACGAGGACAUCCUGGACUUCAUGGUCACCUCCGACUCCAGUGCCAUCGUCACCCUGGAGACUGACGAGGGCUGCGCCGCCCACUUCUCGGACGUCACGCUGUCUUCGUCGCCGGGCAAUGACAUCAGAGGGGAUUUGUGGAGCCCGCGGCGGAGACAGCCGGGGCCAGGAGACGAGGGCCGACCGCGGAGACUAGGGCCGCUGGCUAGCUUCUUCAGCAGGAGUCUGUUUGCCAGGAAGGGCAAGGAGCCUGGGCCACUGGAGCAGAAGGAUCCUGGCUGGAAGCUGUUUGGGAAAGUCUCCGCUAAAGAGGGCUCGGUGAAAAUGCUCAAGGAAUGUGAAACUAAGAGCAGCCGAGAUGGACCCAGUCUCAGUCCUCCUUCAGCCAGACAGAGUGUGAGGAGGAACCUGGACUUCGAGCCUCUCUCCACUACAGCCCUUAUCCUGGAGGACCGUCCCUCUAAUCUACCAGCCAAGCCUGCUGAAGAGGCUCAGAAACACAGACAACAGUAUGAAGAGAUGGUUGCUCAGGCCAAGAAGAGAGAGCUCAAGGAGGCCCAAAAGAGGAGGAAGCAGCUGGAGGACCGGUGCAAGCUGGAGGAGAGGAUCGGCAGCGCCGCCCAGACCUGGAACCAGGAGAUCCUGCCCAACUGGAGCACCACGUGUACGACCCGGUGGGUCCGAGAUCUGUGGUGGCAGGGCGUGCCCCCAAGUGUCAGGGGAAAGGUCUGGAGCCUGGCGGUGGGCAAUGAGCUGAACAUCACCCACGAGCUGUACGACAUCUGUCUGGCCAGGGCCCGGGAGAAGUGGAAGACCAUGCCGUCUGCUGCGCCCGCGGAACCUGAGACUGACGAUGCUGGUUCAUCCCUGGCUGAUAGGGAGGCCAGUCUGGAGCUGAUCAAGCUGGACAUCUCCAGAACCUUCCCCCAUCUCUGUAUUUUCCAACAGGGAGGUCCAUACUACGACGUGUUGCACAGCAUCCUGGGAGCUUACACUUGCUAUCGGCCAGACGUGGGCUAUGUGCAGGGGAUGUCAUUCAUCGCGGCGGUGCUGAUCCUCAACAUGGACACGGCAGACGCCUUCAUAGCUUUCGCCAACCUGCUGAACAAACCCUGUCAGAUGGCCUUCUUCAGAGUGGACCACAGCCUUAUGUUGACGUACUUUGCAGCAUUUGAAGUGUUCUUUGAAGAAAACCUACCAAAGCUGUUUGCACAUUUCAAGGAAAACAAGUUGACCCCUGAUAUUUAUUUAAUUGACUGGAUCUUCACCCUAUACAGUAAGUCCCUGCCGUUGGACCUGGCGUGCCGGGUCUGGGACGUCUUCUGCCGCGACGGCGACGAGUUCCUGUUCCGGGUCGCCCUGGGCAUCCUGCGCAUGUACGAGGACGUUUUGACCCGCAUGGACUUCAUCCACAACGCCCAGUUCCUCACCCGGCUGCCCGACCUCAUCCCCUCUGACCAGCUGUUCUCCCACAUCCACGCAGUCCACAUGACCAGCAGGAACAGGAAAUGGGCACAGGUUCUUCAGGCCAUACAGAAGGAGCAGGAGCGGAACAGUCCGGUCCUGAAACGCUGAGUGCCGUGGACAUCCCGGAGAUGAGAAACACAGACACUAGCUCAUUGUCCGACCCCCGUACCCUACCUGACUAUGGAGCCCCGGGCACCAGUCCAGAUUAGGCUGUGUGUGAGGGCAGUCCACGGGGACCCCCAGGGACCCUCCGGGCCAGGGACAAGCACUCCAGGCCGGGGACAACCAGCUACUGUGCUCCCCCUAGACCUGGCCCCUGCAGGUUGGGAACAGACUGGGCUGAGGGGUGACGAGGCCUUAUUUUACCCCCCCCCCCCACCAGACAAAUCUGUGCCCCCUGCCCCAGUGUUAAACCAGGCUGAGGAAGAAGGAUAAAGGGGUCUCUUUACACUCCCACCAAUUGCUAGCAGGGACUGUAGUUCCCAAUUGGGACCCCACCCCCCCCCUCCACUAUUUCCUACUUUCUCUUUGACUCUUUUUCCUGCGUCUCCCUCCCUCUCGUCUCCCUCUACUCCAGGACUCAGUGGUCGUUGGCCCCUUCUGCAGGUCACCUGAGGUUUUUACUGUUAUUCUGUGUUUUGUUUGAUGUGAUGUGGCUUUGACGCUUUGUUUUAUUGGUUUUCUGUUUGUUUGUUCUGUCGAUUUGUUAAUUAUUUUUUCCGUACCAUUCCACGAACUACCGGGUUCCCAACAAGUAGCCUUUGGCUUUUUUUGAUUUAAGAAGAACGGUUCAUCAACUUGAAAUGAGAUAUUAUAAUUAUUAUUUGUUCUUAUGAAUGUACAGCGUAAAUGGAACAUGUAUUUUUUGAGUGUCCAGAAAUGUUAAAGGCCCUGCAAUAUUACAGUUCACUUUAAAAGAAAGUUUUACCAACUUCUUCACAGAGGAACUAAGCCGCCUGAAGAAAUAAAUGAAUAUUUAACGAUGUCCUUUCCUAAUGUGCUUUUAAGCUAAACCUGCUGAGGGGGAUUUUGACCAUAGUCUGGGACACAGUGACACCAUAUUGCUGAACUCUAUAUCACGGUCUCUCUGGUGUCCUUUUGUUUUGGCACAUUUCAUUUUCUCAUUGGGAUGAAUACCUAGUCUUUCUUUGCUUCUCUUCUUGAAUGUCAUCAGUUAGUAGGAAGAUCUCUCCUUGUCCAGCACUGUAGUUUUAUUUAACACAUUCUGAUGAUGAAGGAAGAUAAAUAGAUUUCAGCUAAUAUAAUAAGCUUUACAGGUUUUGCAGCCCCCCCCCCCACACCAUGAUUGAGUGUAGUGUCCGGGAAGCGUGACUGGUCAGUGAUGGUCUUAUGUUGUACUGCUGUGGUUAACGGGUCGUGGCCGUCGUCCCUGUUUGGUCCCAGUAUGUAUUGGAUGUGAUCACUCUGGUGCCGUCACCCAACUGGAAUCUGUUUUACUUCGUGGUGUGUCCGUGGCGGCGUGUCCGUGGCAGCCUCACCCACAGUAUGGCGAGGACCUGUGUAAGGACCUCGGCUCCUCGUUGUUUCGAACUACCUGAACACCUGAAUCAGCCUCUGUUUAGGGGCGUUAAGGCUCUGUGGGAGAACCCUCUGGUGUGCCGUUCUCCGAUAUUACCGCUGCUUAUGCGUCUGCCGGCAUCACUGCCUACCAAAAAUCAAUUACUUCAGAAGAUGAUGUAUUUGAACCUGUUCCAAAAGCAUUUUUGCUUUUACAUUUGCAUACUCUGCGUGCAGUGUUGAAGCAGCAGUAGUAACAGGAUGUCAGUCAUAUCCCCAUUGUUUAGGUUGUUUCACAAACCUCAUGCCCUGUGUAAGAACUUCUGAUCACGGUAUGAAAAAUAACUCCACUCCGCCCCCACACACACUCUCUCACACACACACACACACACUUUCCCUAUGUGGUAAAUGCCGCAGAACUGCAAUAAAGCAUUUUUCACAAU